GUCGUUUCUCGGUGCGGCUUCCUUGCCCCGGGAAUUACUCCUUCCGGCUACCCUUCCCGUUGCAAGACCUGAUCCUCUCACCACCGCUCCGCCGCCCGCAACGAGCUCUCUGUCCUCGCCGCCAUGUCCUACUACAACGAUCCGUCCUGGCCAGCGCCGGCUCCCGGGCGCCAGCCGUCGUGGGAGCAGCCUCAGCCGCCGUCGCGCUCAGGCGCAAGUUCGACUGUCAACAGAGACGAGAUCAGUGCCUUCGCCUCCCAAUUCGACGAAGUCGAUCGUGCGGCCGACAACCUCACGAAGAGCGGAGCUGGCAAGGCCUUUGGCUUCACCCCGUCGACGUACAGCAGUCGCCGCGACUCGAUGCCCGUGAUGGCCCCCGGCCCGCGCCAAUACCCCGAAUACGAUCCGCGCAUGGGCGGCGGACCGCAGCGCCACCACUCCGUGAGCGAGUACGAUGGGAUGCGAUCCCAUUCGGCGUCCAACGUCCAGGGCUACUACCAGAGCCAGCGAUAUGCCCCGCGACCCAACGAUGCGGAUCAGGUUGCGCAGGCAAAACGCCGCAUGGCAGCCCAGCGCGAGCGGGAGCUGCGCAACUACCACCAGGAGCAGCAAUACCACAGAAACGUUUCUGGGUCCAAGUCCGACCGCUCGAUGAGUCCCAAUGCGAUGAGUGAAGACGAGCGCCGCGAGCUCAUCGCUCGCCAGCACCGCGCCCUCUAUGGCGAGUCAUCCUCCUUGUACAGUAACAACAAUCCCACUUCGAGCCAGGACGUGCGAGUUUCUGGCGCCGGCCGUGGUCCGUCUCCGCUGGCCUUUGAUCCGUUUGGCAUGCAGGCCCCGAACGCCUCGGGUGAAGGCGCGGUUCAGAUGCCCCCGAGAGGAGACAAGGAUGUCACGGGUGGUGCCCAGGAAGCCCGUGCCAACAGCAACUCGUCUCCCUCUUCGAACCAGAACCCAACCUUUAGCCUGUUCGACAACGCACAACAGGCUAGCCGCACAUCCAACUCUUCCCCUGGCGGAUCUCCUCCCCGUCAGGGACCCAAGGCCAACGGGUCGGGCGUCGCACCGAUCGGCACUCGCCCGUCUGCCAAUCAGGGCCAGCCUGCGGGAGCACCCCUAGGCAAGCGCGCGACUACGCCUCUCCCGUCGCCGCUCAGCUACAACUCUUACAAUGCCAGCGAACAGAAUGGCAACGGCAAUGCCACCACGUCCGCUUCCUUGAACCCGUCUUCUACUGUCACGGAUAAUAAGGGCGUUGGUAUUUGGAACAAGGGGCCCUGGGGUAACACGCCUACCCAAGGUUCUUCUCCACGCCCUACAUCUCCCGUCAACAAUGCCGCGGGCUCCACGACCGCGCGACCAGCGUCUCCUAAGCCCCCGGGCGGCCCUGCGACGGUGAUGCGAAGGAAGGCGGCUGCUGACCGCGCGGAGAAGUCGGCGAACCAGAGGCCAAGCAGCACGAGGGCGGCUGGUGCGGGCGGCAGCUCAAGCACGAUGUUGAAGCUCUACACGGAUGAGUCGCCAGGAUUGAAGGUCGAUCCUGUCGUGGUGAUGACUCUGUCCGUCGUCUUUAUAUUCAGCGUCGUUGCUCUUCACGUCAUCGCCAAGGUCAUGCGCCGGUUCUCCUCGUAAACCAGCGACCGCCACAACCGAAUCUACCACUCUUCAUUGUCGGUUGGCGCUCUGCAGCAGCGACACCGGCAUCCUCCCGAAUCUUUUCCAGUUCGACCUCUUUCUGUUUGUUAUCCGGCUUAGGGGGUAGAUUAAGAGACUGGAAAAGUACCUGACUCCAAAUACCUUGAUUUCUCGUUUGCACAGGGGGCCGAACGGGCAUUGGCGGUCGGAAUAUCGCAUGGUGUAUUAUAGGCUUGCUAUGGAAUGGAGAGUUGGCUAAUAUUCUGAGCCCUCUCACUAUUAUGAGCACUGUGCUCAGGAGACUGAAGUGCUAAAUCUCUUUUGUCCAGGUUACGGAUUGCUUCCAAGAACGCUCAGCUGAGGAUAUCCUUCACAAUCCCUAACACCUUCCUUGCACUCCCAAUGGCGUUCUGAUACCCAGCCCCCGCAUGCCCAUACUGAUGCACAACCUUCACCU